CAAUUUCUCUUUGUUCCAAAUAUCGGUUCGGUUCAGUGUAAAUCGGAUUGUUACACACCCUACUUGUGGUGCAUAUGAAUGGGACUUGUACAAUUCCUCGUCGCAAGUUUUGUCGCCGUUAGCUAAAGCAUACGUGUCAGCUUUGUGGGCUUACAGACUAAUUUGAUUGUGUAGAUUCCAACCUAAGGAUAGUUCAGAAUUCAAGCGGGCCAGUCUCUACCUAAUGAGCCCAUAUUAAAAGCCCACAGACCAUAUGGGCCUCUUAAAAUUCCGGCCCUAGUAAAUGUCGACGUUUAGUCUAGAGCUCCGCAACUGAGGAAAACCUGGCGGGAGAAAUCAGUACUCAGCAGUCAGCACAGCAGCUUCACUCAGCGAGACGAGCUCAGUCACUUUGCAAUCUAAGUUACUUACGAACAUGGAGAAAUCACUGACAACGCUUGAGAACGGCACGACAUGCUCCUCCUGGAACUACUCCGGCCAGCGAAUUGCCACCGGCUCCGUUGACGGGACGCUUUCCAUCUUCGAUUCCGGCGACCCUGCUUCCACCUCCUUCAAAUGCACCUCUAAAGCUAGGGUUAGUGAGAGUGGUGUUGUGAAGGUAGUAUGGAUUCCGCCGGUAUUUGGCGAUGCAGUGGCUUGCAUUGACGGGAACGGAAGCUUGUCUCUGUGGGAAGAUUUGGCUGAAGAUGCUCAAGCUGUUGAAUGGAAGCACUGCAAAAGCUUCCAGAGCAACUCUGCUAAAGUGUUGGACGUUCAAUUUGGAGUUUUCCGGACAAUUUUAAAGAUGGUUGUUGCAUAUUCAGAUGGUCAAGUGAAAGUGUACGAGCUCUCAAACCCAUUAGAGUUAAAGAACUGGCAGCUUCAGGCUGAGUUUCAGAAUUUGACUGAUUCCGUAGCUAAAUCGGCCAAGGCUUCAUGCUUCUCUGCUUCCAUCUCUUGGAAUCCACAAAGGGGUGGUGGCCAGGAGCUCAGAUUUGUAUUGGGCUUCAAUUCGGAUACACCGCAACUCAACUCCUCUAAGGUGUGGGAGUUCGAUCUAGACCACCAACGAUGGGUCCCUGUGGGCGAGCUGGCUUUACCUGAAGACAGAAAAGAUCAGGUUUUCUCCGUUGCAUGGGCACCGAACAUUGGCAGGCCAUAUGAGGUCAUUGCUGUUGCUACUCACAAGGGAAUUGCCUUAUGGCACCUGGGAUCCAACCCCGACGUCCAAGGCAGACUUGCAGUGGAGAGGGUUGCAUUACUCUCUGGCUACGAGGCAGGGUUUGGCAAAUGGAAUGGGAUAUGAGUGGGAUGACUCUAGCAACCACAGGGAGUGAUGGAAUGGUGAGACUCUGGCAGUCCAACUUGAACGGCGUCUGGCAUGAACAAGCCGCAUUUGAGCCCACUACCUAGCUCCUGCCUCUUGGCAUCAUCUGCACUAUAUAUUCCUUUUUGGAGUCCUACCCUGCUCUAUCUUCUCUCACAGGCUUUUGAAUGGGUCAUUGCUCUGAAACAUGAACAUUCCUUUUGUAUCUUGGUGCUUAUUAUUAAAAAGGGAGAAAGAUGUCUUAGUUGGUUUCUUCUUUCACAUUGUUUGACCCUUUCAAUCGCGGGAAAAAGUCUUCAUCUUGUCUUUUACAUUGCUUAUUACCAGGUAAAACUAGUUGAAGAGUGGCUUCAGCUAGGAGAAUGUUUUCAACGACAAAAUGUUGAAGCUGACUCUCGGCUGAAAGAACGACACUGGGCAGGCAGUAGCUCUCUAGUGUUUGUAUCUUUCGCGUGUAUUCGUUGUCAAUUUUGAGAUCAACUAAACCUUUGUCGAUUUCUGAAAUCUCUUUUUCACCCAACCUUUUUCGGAAAGCUCAUUACACGAUCUACGAAGAAGACAACCUUAUGAAAAUUGAAAAUGCAUAGUUUCAUUCGAAAGUUGUUCGUGGGCACGUUCGAGGCUGUUCCAUUUUUUAGAGAACUAGUCUUUACUCGUUUGUCAGCUACAGUCGGUUGCCGAAACUCUGGUUGAUCUCUCGAGUUUAUUAAUUAAUUUUGUUAAGUGGUAUAAUAUGUAUAUUGGAGCUUUUCCCCCCCAUAAUUCUGAUUAAUUGAUUCUUAUAUAUAUAGUUUGUGAAUUUGUUUUCAUAAACUAUUAUUGUGUUCGAAUUUCCAAAAAUAUUAACAUAUCGAGUUAAACACAAGGUAUAGUAGGUGUGUACAAACUUCAAAUUCAUAUCAAUUGAGAGAAUAAUAUAAGAUGCAUUACAAAAUCUCUUUAACAAUUCGAGUUAUUCGAACAAACUAAACAUAAGUAGUAGAUAGACAUUAUAAGUCCACUCAUUCUUUGUAACAACAAUUUGACUAUAACUGUUGGUGAAGUUAUCUUGAUCUCAGUGUGUAAUUGACAACCAAAAGAUGCAACAUUAAACUUUACAUAAAGAUGUAGUGGUAAAACAACUAGUGUUGAACUUAGAGGUUUCGGGUUCAAAUCUUUUUAGUACCACCUACAUAUAAAAAUCAAUUUAUGUCAUAUUUAUCUAAAUUUCUUUUUACAUAAAGAUCAGAUUUCAUAUGGUACCGUAUAAAUUAGAGAACUAGGAUAACUGCAUGAUUUUUAAGUGAUUCAAUAAUACAAAUGACAUCUAUUACGAGUUUUUUUCACUCAAGAUCACGUAUUCAUAUUAGUAAUAGUCUUUUUUGAUACACUUGGGAUGGAUAUGAUGAAAAACAUAACAUGAAUAUGUGGUGUCAAUUGGCUGCAAGAUUAUAUUACAAAAUUUAAUCAGUAAACAACACUCCUUGAUUGAAACAAACAAGAUUAUAUCACAAACAUAAACCCUACAUUGAUGGUAAAGAAUAAGUCACUGCGAUAAACCAAGAAUUGGUGCAUGCAGAAUUUCCACUGUAAUUAUUUUGUCUCCAUAUCGUAAAAUAAAUAAAUAAAAGGAAUUAUAUUGUCUCCGCAUAACUAACAGAAUGUUUAAGUCCCGACCAAAAAAAAAAAAAAAACAGAAUGUUUAAGCUUUCCAUAAAACAAAAGGCAAGAU